CAUUUAUGAACUUGCUAAAAACUCAUCCAUGUGCUUAUAUGCUGCCAGAUAUUGAGGAAUUAAAAAAUGAACGAGAGAAAAUAAUUCGCAUAUUUUCGACAUUCGUGUUGAAUCGCCAUAAUUGCACCAAGAUGGCCGAUAUACUGGAACAAUCGGGACAAACUAAACACGCUAAAUGGCUGCGCGAUUUUAACCAAAGCGAACCAGUGUGGCACUAUUCGGACGAGGUGAAUUUGCAAGUAACCAAGUCCACCACGAUGAACUCGGCCACGACUGUGCUGCUAAAAAUGGACUCCAAGCCCCGUGGAAAAGCGGUCAUAUUUGUCAACAUUAAAUCGCUGCUUAAGGAAGCCGAAAGGUUCAAGUACAUUUUGCAACAACUCGAAUUCGACGUGGAUGAUAUUAUUGCACAAUGCUCGAACAAAGUUAUGAGGGACAAAUUGGGCGAACUGGCCAUCAUGAAUCACGAUAAGCACGAUGCCUUUUUUAUGAUGUUUAUUGGUCAUGGUCAAAACGAGGAAUUGUGUUGCACGGACAAAAAUGUGCCAAUAAAGGACAUUGCUUACAUGUUUUCGGAGGCUAAUUGUUUGGAGCUUAGAAAUAAGCCCAAAAUAUUCGUAUUUAAUUGUUGUCGAAUAGGCAAUGACACUAAACGGAUGUUCAUGAUUUAUUCGUGCGAACAAGAUGAAUGUGCCUACUACCAGGGUGAUAAGGGGUUUACAUAUUUCGGACGUGCUUUUAGUCACGUUAUUGCACAGUACGCCUGUUCCAGGGAUAUACUUGAAAUUAUACUCCGGACAUCAUUUCGGUUGGAGGAGGACAUGAAACAAGCAAUUUGUUUUGCUAAGUUUGUCUCUACAUCCCUGUCCCCCGCGCACCUCCUGUUCCCCAAACAAAAAGGAAGGACAUAA